GCCCCGCGGCGGAGCGGUUCGCUGACCGACAGCGGCGCUGCCCGUGGCACCUGCCCGGGGGUGGCACAGUGCGGGCGCCCCUCUCGGUCACCCGACGCCCCCGUUCCCCGCCGAGCCCUUAGGGAGGAGGGGACCGCCGGGCCCGCGGCGGUGCGGGGUCAGCGCCGCGGGGGCGAUGCGGGGCUCCCCCAGCCCACGCGUGGGCACGGCUCUGCUCGCACGGCCGCAGCCCGGGGGCGCUGCCCCGUUCCUGCGGUCCCGCGGCCCCGUGGCGGAGCGCCGCGGUUUUUCGGUCGCCCUCGAGGGACCCCCGCGGGGUCGCCCCGACGCCGCUCACCUCCGCACGGCGGCACCCGCAGCUCCGGCGCGGCCGCUCCGUGGUGGCCCCGGCGGCGCGGGUCUGGGGGACCCCCGGGCGGAGCGGGGCUCCGCGUUCACCCCUUCGCGGCGGUGCCGCCCGCUUCCCCUUCCCGACGCUGCCGGUUUCGCUUUUGCUCCGCAGCCGGGGCCAAAGCCCGCCCCGGGCGGACCCGGCACCGGCGGAGCCGCCCGCCGCCCCGGGAACCCCCCGCAGCCCGGAGCGGAGCCGCCCCCGCGGGACCCCAACCCCACGCCGCGGUGCGGGGCCGCGCCGCCCGCCGAGCCCCCCGUGUGCGCCCCCCCCCCCCUCCCCCGCGCUUCCCUCCACCCCUGCUUGGGGCGCACCGAGCGCGCCUCACAGGUGCCGGUCGCACUGGGCGGGCGGAGCGGGGCACGGCCCCGCCGCCCUCGCGCCGCCUCCGCGGGCGCCCCACGGCCCCGAACCCGCGCGUGGAGCCGGGGCGCGGCGGUAGCGCCGGCGGCGGCCGCGAGGGGGCGCCCUGCGGGGCCGCGCGCCGCUUCCGGGAGCGGCGGAGUCAUGGCGGCGGCGCUGCGGCGGUUGUGCCGUGCGGGUCCGCGGGCCGUCACAGGGGCGCCGCGCCGCGGGCACCGCCUGACGCCGUCGGACGACGAGAUGUACCAGCGGACGCGGGUGACGGUGCUGCAGCCCGAGAGCCCCAACGUGGCCUUCAUCGAGGGCUACAGCGGCCGCGGGUUCAGCAUCAGCGGCAGCGUGGUGGUCGGGCCGUGCGCCGUGCUGCCCCGCGCCAUCCUGCAGUGGAACGUCGGAUCGCACCGCGACAUCUCUCUGCAGAGCCUGGCGCUGUUCCGUCUGCUGGAGCCGCGGAUAGAGAUCCUGGUGCUGGGCACGGGGGACAGAGUGGAGCAGCUCCAUCCCGCCGUGCUGAGACAGAUGCGGCUGUGCGGGAUCGCCGUGGAGGUGCAGGACACGCCGAACGCGUGCGCCACCUUCAACUUCCUGACGAGCGAGAAGCGCCUCACGGCCGCCGGCCUCAUCCCCCCGCGGGGCGCAUACACGGGGCUCACAGCGCUGCCCGCGGCCACGGACUGAGCGCCUCUGCCCUCACCCACCCGCAGCGCCGGGGCCGCCCCACGCCGAGCGCCGCCGCUGCGGGCGGAGAAACGCUGCAGGAUGGACGGUGGGAGCCCAACUGCUGGCUCAGUGCCGCCUCUCGGUGUUGGAGUGCUGUAGGGCCGUGCCUGGGGGCUGCACGAGGAGAAUACACAUAAAGCAGAAGUACAAAGCGAUCACGGAGUGGUUAACGCUCAGCGAAGGCGGGCUGUGAUGAGCUGUUAGGCUCGGUGCGCCCACCACCCUGCAGAGCCGCCCAGGGGCCGCGGAUGGAGGGCUGCAGCUCGUUGGGCUGGGGGUGAGGUGUGGGAGCCGCCCCCAGGCUCUCCUCCGGGCUUUGGGGCUCCCUGCUGAGCACGGAGCUGCUGCAGGACGCUGCGAUGUCUGCCCUCCUCCCUGCAGGUGAAUGAGUGCAUGGCACUGAUACGGCUGCCAUGCAAUUCCAGGUUCUGGUUUUCGCAUACGCAAAUGUAAUUUGACAUCACCGUG